GACUCUUGGGAUCUCAAACCCUGACCAACGCCUCUGUAACGUCUUCAGAUUUUGGCUAGAAGAUACAUUUAUCCAAGCAUUAACAUAGUCCUUUCCACUCCUCCUACUCUUUCACAUUAACUCGGCCUUAUCAUCCGCCAAGCUAACCGUUCAAAGUAUUACUAUACAAAUGUUCCUUCUCUGCAAUGGACAGACGCACUGCAACGAAAUCCCAAAGCUUAAUCAUUUAUUAAGCAACAAUUCUAUCAAUGCCGAAUCCUUACACUCUUCAUGCCGAUUUGAAGGUUGAUUGCUGCUCCAUCACCGCCGAGGUCCCUCAGAAGAUCCCUGAGGAAGCUAGAGAGCUUGAAAAACAACUCAGACAGACUUUGAGAAGGUACCGUGUGGAGUUGACCAUUUCAGAUGAAACCGAAGAGGCCGUCUUCGUAGCUUUUGAUUCCGAGAUGAUCAAGCUGACUAACGUCCGCUCUUCUGAAGUUGGGCAGCAGGGAGGAGGUGAUGGGCCCAAAGACAAUAUGCAUGGAGUCAGCUCACUUUCCUCAGCUUCUGCAAAUCUAGGUAACAACAAUGCGAAGGAGACACCGAGACUUACAGACUCUGCACUGGGGAACCUCCCUGAAGUGGAUGGCUUCAUAUCCCAGAAUCCAAAGCUCAAAUUGAGCAUGCUUCUAAGAAGGUCCGUACGGAAUAGAUGAAUAUGGAAGCUUUAUUUUAUCAUGUUGCUGUCUUUUUUUUAAUCAAAUAAUGCUUUGCUUUUUUCCAUUUUCAAACUAUUGCGUAUGUUGGUUUAGUUCUUUGCACUACUAAUAUAAGAAUAUUUCGAAGUA